GCUGCAUCUGGGACAGUCCACUUAUUAUCGCAUUUCAAAUUGGACUAUUAACGCUAAUCGGUCAUAAAUACUAGUAGCUUAUCGACAGCUAACUCUAUGGCCGACCUGAGCAAGAUAACAACUGAGGAGCUAUUGAACUUACGCGAUUCUUGUCUACGCCGUAUACGCGAUGAUGAGCUCUACCAUCUGCGCAACGAUGCCAAACUGAGAGCUGUAACCCAAACACAAAACUACGAUGAAUUCAAGGACAUUGUGGAUGCUGCUCAUUUGCGUCCCGUGAGCAAGCAGGACAAAGCAAAUGUGAAAACUAAAACUCGCCUCUGGAACUCAUCCGUACGUGAACACAGCACUGAUGCUUAAGUUGCUUUAUUUAUAAAUAUUUAUACAAUGCAUGUGGCGUAAAUAUAUCGCAUUGGUUACAUUAUCAUUUAUUCGUUGCUU